AUGGAGAUAUAUUCCGAAACCAUCCUCUCGCUGGGCGGGGAAGAGGACAGCGAGGAAGGGCACACGUGGGGCCAGCAGGCGGCGACGAGCCUGAGGGAGAGGUUCGGGUGCUCGCGGAUGGACAAGGUGUUUUUCACCCCUGGAAAAGGGCUAAGGCUGAGGAGGUUUGGGAGGUUUGGGGGGGAUGUUGUGCUAGGUGGUGAUGGUGGUGGUGGUGAUGGUGAUGGUGAUGGUGAUGGUGAUGGGGAGGGGGAGAAGGCGGAUCAGAUCGUGAGGCUUGGGUUUGAGAAGCCGUGGGUUACGGAUCAUUUGGGGGUUGUGGCGGAGGUUGAGGUUGUUGGGUAG